CUCGGGGCUAUUGAACAGGUUACCUGGCGGGCUCUAGUCAGCCCGGGAUGCGGUAUGGGGUUGGUCUGCACCGAAUUAUACGAUUCGGGGCCCCCUUGUGGAGAUCGAAGAUAUUGCCAGAUUGUGGUUGCAGUCAAUCCCUGCACUGUACAAAAGUGGUGAUGGCAGAUGAUAAGCGACCACAGUUUGGAAACAGGACACUCAAAGAUGCUGAUGAUGUCUUCAAACAUAAUGCUUGGGAUAAUGUGGAAUGGGAUGAAGAACAGCAAGAAGAGGCCCAGAGAAAGAUUGAUGAAAAUGCCAGUGUGAAGGCUGAACCAGACAAGGUACAGCAGCUGGUCGAAUCUCCGAAUGUCUUCUGGGAUGCAUUCUACGACCAGCAUGAUAACAAGUUCUUUAAGGACCGAAAUUGGCUGUUUACCGAGUUCCCUGAGCUCGGCGAGAAGAACAAUUCUGAAGACUCAGCACCUCAGAAGUCGGGGGCACCGUACCCGGGCCGUGACGCCCUGCGGCGCGUCUGGGAGGUGGGCUGCGGCGUCGGCAACACCAUCUUCCCGCUGCUGGAGACCAACGCGGACCGCCGCCUGUUCGUCUACGGCAGCGACUUCUCCGAGUCGGCCGUGCGCAUUGUGCGGCAGGCGCCGCAAUUCGACCCGGACCGGUGUCACGCGUUCGUGAUGGACGUCACUGACGAGGCGGCCUCAGUGCCGUUCCCCGAGGCCAGUCUGGACAUCAUCGUGCUGAUCUUCGUGCUGUCGGCGUUGCACCCGUCUCAUCACGAGUCGGUCGCUAGGCGGCUGGCGCGCUACCUGCGGCCGGGAGGCACGAUCCUACUCCGCGACUACGGUCGCUAUGACAUGGCACAACUGCGCUUCAAGCCAGGCCGCUGCCUGCAGGACAACCUGUACGCCCGCGGCGACGGCACCCUGGUCUACUUCUUCACACAAGAGGAGCUGCGGGGACUGUUCCUCGGCGCCGGCCUAGAGGAGGUGCAGAACCACGUGGACCGGCGCCUGCAGGUCAACAGGGGCCGCCAGCUCAAGAUGUAUCGCGUCUGGAACCAGUGCAAAUACCGCAAGCCGGCGGACACCUCGUGACGCCGCCAGGCGUACCCAAAUACAGUGUAUAUCCGUGUCGCA